ACAUCCUUACAGACCAGUUCCCCUAAAUUGGAGGGAUAUGGACUACAGUAUGAUUCUUUCUUCAGUCUUUGAAUUUCAUUUCCUUUUCCACCCUUUUUGAUUUCAGUCAAAACAAGUUAAAAUCCACAUACCCACAAGACAAAGACCCUCCAAAUCUCCUUGCAUUCUUCCAAAUCCAACCAAUUUUAACAAUUGAGCGCCAACAACUUAAUAAACCCUAGGGAGAGAAAGGGAAAAAAACUAUGAAUCUAGAGAGAGAAACUACUCCUUAGUGCUUGUGGAGUAGUACCAAUCUACCAUCCCUUUCUUCCUCAAUCAUCACCUUUCCUCUUCAUAAAUUAUUGCCCUUUUCAUAUCUGUCAGCAUUCAUUCAUUCAUAUGACUUAAAAUGUUUAAACUUUUUAAUUUCAAAAAUAAUUAAUUUUAAAGAUGAAAACUUUAUAGAUCUGCUUACCCAUUACUUCCCCAUAAUCUCAUAGUAUCUUCCCAUGAUUCUUACUUUCUCAAUGUUGUUCCAUUCUUAGAAAUAAAGGAUUUUUUUAGGAAAGUUUUGAUCUUGAGUGUAAAAAGUCAAAAAUCAUAAAAGGGGACUUUUUUGUUUCCUUUUUUGAUCACGAAUCACGAUUGAGAUGGGUUGUGUUUAAAUUGGAUUUAAAUGCAAAUCCCUUUCAUGGGUACUUGAGAAAAGCUUGCAUUUUUGUUUAAAUGCACAGGAUUUUAGUUGAAAACAAGAAAAAGGAAGAAAAAAAGCAGAAAAAUGGCUGGGAAUAGUAGAGUGCAUGAUCCAAGCAAGCUGCAUUUGAAGAAAGAAUUGACCCAAAUCCGGAAAGCAGCAAGAGUAUUGCGUGAUCCUGGUACUACUUCUUCUUGGAAAUCCCCUUUAAAUUCAUCUAGAUCUGUGGGACCCUCUAUUUUCAAUAGCAAUGAUAAUCUCCAUUAUCUUUAUAAUACUAAUCAUGAAUUUUUAACUGCUAAAAAUGAUGAUGUUAGUCCUAGUUUGCAACAAAUAGUUCAGGAGAAUGUCAGUAAUGGGAGGGAAAGAGAGAAAGAGGAUGACAAAAAUAGGGAAAAAGAUAGAGAAAAGGAGAGAAGGGUUUUUCUUUAUAAUUGGAGGAGUGAUAGGUCUUCAAGUGAGAAAAGUUUGGGUAGGUUUAAUUUAGAUUCUGGUCUUGUUAGUAAUAAUCAUAAUAGUUAUGUUGAUGAUGGAUCUUCUCUUCCUGGGAGUGUUGUUGGUGGUAGUGUUGGUGAAAGCUUGAGUGAUGGUCGAAAUGCCGGUGGUGAUUCCAAGAGUGAUACUUGUAUAGGAGAUCAUCGUCGAGGGAAUAGACACCACCGGCACUAUUCAACUACUUUUCGAUGUAAGGAUACGACGGUUGGAUCGAUGGCGUCACCCACGAUGGUUAGGUGGGCUAUUGGUAAGAAAAAAUCGAGGAAAAUUGCUUCUUCUAUUGUUCUAAGACAACAUUUGCAAAAACCGAAGCAGAAAAGACCCGUUGGUUUAGUUGAUAGGAACUCGAAAUGGGCAUUAAAGGGUGCCCCUUCAAGUGGGUUUGUUUUGAAUCGGGAUGAUUAUGGUAGCUUGAUUGAUCAAUCUGAUGACACGGAGGGAUAUUGUGUGUCUGAGGAAUUGCGUCGUGUUGAAUCCCCGUUGCUUUCAAGGCUUAGGCAGAAGCAUGGGUUUUUACGAGGUAGUCGAAGGGAUGACUCCUCGUAUAGUCUGAGUACCCCUGCGUUGUCAACGAGUUCUUUCAACAGAAUGUUAGCGAAUUGUAGGAAUCCUAGUACUGUAGGAUCAUGGGAUGGGACGACAAUGUCUUGUAAUGAUGUGGAUGAUAAUGAGGAUGAUGCUUUAGAUUUGCCUGGUCGUCAAGGUUGUGGGAUUCCUUGUUAUUGGUCGAAAAAGACUCCUAAACAUAAAGGGUCUUAUGGUAGUUGCUAUUCGCCUUCUCUUUCUGAUACGUUGAGGAGAAAAGGCGGUAGGUUACUUUGCGGUAGCCAAAAAGAUAGUCACAAACAUCGAGAAUCUGUAUCACGCGCAAAGAAACAAAAGAUCCUUUCUCAAAUGGCCCAAGGACAUCUUCCCUUGCUCAACAAUAGUUGUGAUGGUGGUGGUGAUUCUUCCCCAGGAACAGGGAAUAGUGAUGAUGAGCUUUCUACAAAUUUCGGGGAGCUAAGUUUGGAAGGGUUGAGCCGUUUGGAUGGGAGGAGGUGGUCUGCUAGCUGUAGGAGUCAAGAUGGUUUGAGCCUCAUUUCUGCCGGCGGGGACGGUGAAGAGGAAGGCUCAUCAGAAAAUAUACGGAGCUUAAGUCAAAGAUACCGUCCCAUCUUUUUUGACGAACUGAUUGGGCAAAAUAUCGUUGUACAAUCUCUUAUGAAUUCAAUAUCAAGGGGUAGGGUUGCCCCCGUUUAUCUCUUCCAAGGUCCUCGUGGCACGGGUAAAACAUCGACUGCAAACAUUUUCGCAGCCGCUUUGAACUGUUUGGCAACGGAGGGAACAAAACCUUGUGGAAUGUGUAGGGAUUGCACGGAUUUUAUCUCCGGCAGGAGUAAGGAUCUGAUGGAGGUUCACGGCACAAGUAAGAAGGCGUUCGAUAGAGUUAGGUAUCUCUUAAAAAGCUUAUUGACCGGUCCUUCAUCGGCUUUCUCUCGGUACAAAGUUUUGAUAAUUGAUGAAUGCCACUUGCUGCCGUCUAAGACUUGGUCGACAUUUUUGAAGUUUCUCGAAGAUCCAUUGCCUCAAGUUGUGUUCAUAUUCAUAACUACCGAUCUUGAAAAUGUGCCACGCACAGUGUUAUCACGGUGUCAGAAGUAUCUCUUCAACAAAAUUAAAGACGGCGAUAUUAUUAGCAGACUAAGGAAAAUUGCGGCUGAAGAGAGUCUUGAAGUUGAUUCGGAUGCCUUGGAAUUGAUUGCUUUGAAUGCUGAUGGUUCACUUCGAGAUGCAGAAACUAUGUUAGACCAGUUGAGUUUGCUUGGCAAAAGAAUAACUACUUCUCUUGUUAAUGAACUUGUGGGGGUUAUAUCAGAUGACAAACUACUUGAACUAUUGGAGUUGGCUAUGUCCUCGAAUACGGCUGAGACAGUAAACAGGGCCAGAGAGUUGAUGGAUUCUGGAAUCGAUCCAUUAGUGUUGAUGUCUCAACUCGCCAGUCUUAUUAUGGAUAUCAUUGCCGGGUCUUACCAACUCGCAGAUGCCAAAUGCAGUACCUCAUCUUUUGGCUGCCGAAGUUUGUCGGAAAUGGAGUUGGAGAAAUUAAAGCAUGCAUUAAAGCUUCUUUCUGAAUCCGAAAAGCAGUUGAGAGCUUCGAGUGAACGUUCAACAUGGUUUACAGCCACAUUAUUACAACUUGGCUCUGUUACUUCACCCGAGUUUACUCUAUCUGGAAGUAGCAAGAAGCAGAGCUCAAAAACGACCGAGGAGGAUCCAUCUUCUGCUUCACGAGAUGCUUCUGGGCGAAAGAAGAUGUCUGAUUCAUUGUAUAUGAUACGAAGAUCUGCUUCUCCACCGUUAUUUUCUUCAGAGGGUAAUCAAAACUCCGGCUACCCUGAGGAGCCGUACUUGCUUACUGGUGGCAUGAGUACGAACCCAAAACCCACACACAAGCGUUCCGUAAAUAGUUUAGAUAGCUCUGCUUCGCACGGUGAUUUUAUUGGCGUAGGCAUGAACAUGGGACAAGCAAACAUGGAUCAACUGGAUGAUCUAUGGCUGCAAUGUAUUGAAAAGUGCCAUUCUAAGACUCUGCGGCAGCUGCUUCAUUGUGAUGGAAGGUUACUAUCAAUAGCUGAAGCUGAAGGUGUUGUCAUCGUGUACAUUGCUUUCCGGGACAAAGUCGUCAAGUCAAGAGCUGAACGGUUUCUUAUUAGUAUCACUAACGCAAUCGAAAUGGUUCUUGAACGAAGUGUUGAGGUUAGGAUGAUUCUGUUGCCGGACAGUGGUGGUGCAGAUACAGUUAGAUCACCAAAUAUGGCAGGACAAAAGCAGAACAAAUCAAGCGUUGCGAACAAUAUGGACGUAGAAGGAUUUGCGAAUUCUGACUCACAUCGGGAGCUUGCUAUAGUUCCUCGAGCAAACUUGAAUGGAGGGUCAAAUUCAUCGUUGUUAUUAGAUAAUCGGUCACCAAGCAUUUUGGACCAGUCGAAUGAUAACAAAGCUAAUGUUAGGAGACAUGAGUUUCCAACGCAGAGAAUCGAGUCUAUCAUUCGUGAGCAAAGGCUUGAAUCAGCUUGGUUGCAGGCUGCCGAGAGAAGCACACCACGGUCAAUAAGUCGUCUAAGACCCGAGAAAAAUCAGGUUUUGCCUCAAGAGGGCAUUUACAGCAAAAAUCAAUCGGAGUCUUUGGAUCCUGCAGAGUUGACCUCCAGCCAUUGGGAUGAUGAACUCAACCAUGAAAUCAAUGCUUUGAAGGGAAUUGACGUAAAGAUUUAUCAGAACGAUCAGACUGGUAAAAGGGUCGACCCUCUUCCUAUAUCCCCCAGCUUGCUGCAUCAGAGUGGCUUUACCUCCAAUCUUAGCAAGGAUUAUCAGGGAUACGAGUCGGGGCCUGGAACUUCCGGUUGUAACAUGCUUCUAUGUUGGAAUACCCAAAAUUCAAGAGGAAAGGUAAACCAAGGAUCUCCUGUUCGGGCGAGCAAAGGUGGACGCUUCCUAUGUUUUGGGGAACGUAGGAAGUCACGACAGAGCAAAGCAAAAAGAUAAAAGUACUCGUUUCGACUCAAAAAAUUUUCCGUAUUUAUUACUUAUUUUAUCAGUAAUUUCUUUUAGGAAAUUCUUAAGGGUGAAAGGUAGAUCAUGUAAAGUCACACUCUAGCUGGUUCUGUUCUUUGUACAACUAUUCUUAUGGUGCUUAGGGCUUAGUAAGGGCAUAUGGGGCAAUGGGUAUGUUUAUGUGGAGUAAUAAAGCAAUGAGGUGAAAAGAGAACACUCUUAUGACUUGGUUGAUCUCAUCCUUGUAGCCCUAACUGAUAAAUUAGGGCAAAAUGAAUUUGUGAAAGUUAUUUUUUGAUGAUAAGCCAUUGUUGAAGAUUUUCACAUAUUAUGGUAAAAAUUAUAAUACAGGACCGUUUCUCGGUGAGACAACCUCAAACAAGAAGCUCAUAUUCUCAUAGUAUGUAUUAAAUGGGUCAUUUAACCUUCUAUGAGGCGCGUCUCUUGGGAAGACUGUUUCAUACAAUAAUUUGUGAUAGAAAAUUAAGGUUCGGGUCUUUAAA